GCCUGGAGGACCCCUGAUUCAGCAUGGAGUCCACGCUGAGCGCGGGCAUCGCGAUGGCUGAAGUGCUGCAGAACCGGCUCCCCGGGCUAGAGAAUAUGUGGCUCUGGGUCACCUUUCUAGGCGAUCCCAAGAACCUCUUUAUCAUCUUCUUCCCCGCGGCCUACUACUCCUCUCGACGACUGGGCAUCUGCGUGCUCUGGAUCACCUUCAUUACUGAGUGGCUCAACCUCGUCUUCAAGUGGUUUCUGUUUGGAGACAGGCCCUUUUGGUGGGUUCAUGAGUCUGGGUACUCCAGCCACACUCCCAUCCAGGUGCACCAGUUCCCCUCUUCUUGCGAGACCGGCCCAGGCAGCCCUUCUGGCCAUUGCAUGAUCACAGGAGCAGCUCUCUGGCCUAUAAUGACAGCCAUUUCUUCCCAAGUGGCCUCUCGGUCUCGAAGCCCCUGGGUAAGGGUGAUUCCUAGCCUGGCUUAUUGCACCUUCUUAUUGGCUGUCGGCCUAUCUCGGGUCUUCCUCUUAGCACAUUUCCCUCACCAGGUGUUGGCAGGCCUUAUAAGUGGUGCUGUCCUCGGCUGGCUGAUGGCCCCACGGGUGCCCAUGGAGCGGGAACUUAGCUUCUAUGGGUUGACUGCCCUGGCUCUCAUGCUGGGUGCCAGCCUCAUGUAUUGGACUCUCUUUACACUGGGCCUGGAUCUUUCCUGGUCCAUCAACCUGGCUUCCAAGUGGUGUGAGCGGCCCGAGUGGGUACAUUUGGACAGUCGACCCUUUGCCUCGCUGAGCCGUGACUCGGGAACUGCCCUGGGUCUUGGCAUUGCUCUACACUCUCCCUGUUAUGCCCAGAUGCGGCGGGUACACCUAGGAAAUGGUCAGAAGAUAGCUUGCUUUAUGUUGGCCAUCGGGCUGCUGGUUAUCUUGGAAUGGCUGGGCCACCCACCUCAGCUCAGCCUCUUCUACAUCUUCAACUUCCUCAAAUAUACCCUCUGGCCCUGCCUGGUCUUGGCCCUUGUGCCCUGGCUGGUGCACACAUUCAGUGCCCAGGAAGCACCGCCCAUUCGCUCCUCUUGAUGUCUCCUGCCUCCUUUGCCGCUCUCUUGCCCAAAGACAACACUCCUUGACCACCACACUCUAAGAGGCAGUCUUUUCCCUGGGCUAACACUGAACUUCGUUCCCAUUUCAUGUUCUGCAAUUUUAGCCCCCUUU